AUGCCAACUUCAUCUUCAUUUUUGAGACAGGUAAGUGCUAAGGAAACUUGGAAAUCAACAUCCAACAGGUGGAGUGGAAAAAACACCUACAGCACCACUUGUAGUGACUUUGAAACUAAUCUGAGUCAAAUGGAAGGGUUUAACAUAAACAUGUAUGGAAAUGAAGAGAGUGCUGGCAUGAUGGUGAGGAAAAGAGUUAUGGUUGUUGUGGAUGGUUCUUCUCAUUCUAAACAUGCCAUGAUUUGGGCUCUUACUCAUGUUGUUAAUAAGGGUGAUUUGUUCACUUUGCUUCACAUUGUUUCUCCACAAAGGGCUAGUUCUGACUCUUAUUCUUCUGCUUAUCUUGUUAAUCAUCUUGGGUCACUUUGCAAAGAUUGCAAACCAGAGGUGGAAGUGGAAGCACUUGUAAUUCAAGGACCAAAACUUGACACGGUGAUGAGCCAGGUUAAGAAAUUGGAGGUCUCUAUCCUGGUACUAGGCCAAAAGAAGCCACCUUCCCUCUUAAGCUGUCUGUGUGGAAGUGGCAGCUGCAGUAGCACAGAAGAGUUUGUGGAGUACUGUAUCAAUAAUGCAGAGUGCUUGACAAUAGGAGUAAGGAAGAGAAGCCAGGGCAAUAAUGGUUACCUUAUCAGCACCAGGUGGCAGAAGAACUUCUGGCUUUUGGCUUAG